AUGGAGUGCAAAAAUGUUCCUGUGCUACACCCGACUUUAGAAGAGUUGGCAAAUCCAAUCGACUAUCUGUCGCAGAGGCACAUCAAACAAUUGGGGAUACAGUACGGUUUGCUGAAACUUGUUACACCGGAUGGUUUUCAGUACCCACGACAUUACAGGAACAGUAGUAUCAAAUUUUGCCCCAGACUCCAAAAGCUGUCGUAUUUGGACCUGCUGAACAGGAACAGGUUGUUCUUUUUCAGGCAGCUGAACAACUACUUGACAGUUAAAGGCGGGGCAAAAAUUUCACAGAGUUAUGUCCUUAUGAGUAACAACAGACAAGUGUUUCUUUACGAUUUGUUCAUCAAGAUCCUGGAGUUUUCCAAAACUGAAGACAGCCCGAAAAAGAGGGCCAAGCACAGUGGGGACGUCUUGCAGAUGGUUCCCGUGAAGGAGGUACUCCGAAAUUCCAAGCUGUGGUUUCAUUUGACGAAGGCUUUUGGUGCUGAUAGUGAGGAGCUCAGAACCAUUUUCGUCGAGAACAUCGAGGGGUUUUACAAAUACGUUUACCGACAGUCGCAAUCCCAUUUGUAUACACCCUCGUUCCGAGACGCUUAUCCCAAAUCCCUGCUGAGUGAUUCCGAGGAAACGUCUGCUGAGGAGGACGAAGAAGAUGAGGAGGAACCCGAGUGUUGCAUAUGCCACAAGAAUAAGAAAUUGCAAGAUUGUGAGCUGUGUCAUAAAACCUAUUGUCAAUCUUGCGAGCCACUUACAGAUACCUCGGCUUGCAACUCUUGCAUUCUCGGUAACGGGUAUUACGGGUUUGCAAUGGACACUCAGGUUUUCUCCAUCCAGCAGUUUAAGGACAACUACUCUGUUCCUGACACGGAAAGUGUAGCUACGCUGGAAACGGAAUUUUGGUCCGCCGUGGGGGAUAUAGAAUCUGAGUUUACGGUCCCCUAUGGGGCAGAUAUACCGUACCCAAAAACUCCGAAGAAUUUAGCAGAUUUAUCUAUGGACUUAUUGAACUUACCCCAUGCCAAGAGGUCCCUACUGAACUACUUACCGCGGGACAAGGAGAUAUCAGGUAUGACGGUUCCCUGGAUUUACGUAGGCACCCGCUUUUCAACUUUCUGCUGGCACAUGGAGGACCAGUACACGUUCUCGGCCAACUAUCAAGUCGAGGGCGCACGGAAAAUAUGGUAUUGCAUAUCUCCCUCCUACGUGGACAAGUUCCAUUCGUUUCUGCAAAAGCUGGUACCGGACUUAUUUUCGAGACAGAAGGAUAUAAUGCACCAGUUGGUCAGUUUGGUCCCGCCCGACGUUCUGAUCGCUAAUGGGAUCCCCGUGUACAGAGCAGUGCAAACCCCUGGUGAGUUCAUUGUGACGUUCCCGAAAUGUUACCACGCUGGAUUCAACGCUGGAUACAAUCUCAACGAGGCGGUGAAUUUCAUCAACGAUUUCUGGCUGGAUUACGGGCUCGAAGCAGAUGCGGAGUACAGAUUGACGAACAAGAGGAGCGUGUUCGACAUGAACGAAUUAAUGAUAGUGAUUUUACGAGAUUUUACGGUCUCCAGCACAUUCGACGGGCCCCUGGUGAGGAACUGCUUCCGCAGCCUGCUAAAUGCCGUCAACCGCACGAUGAAACUGCUCACUUUACUGGGUGACAACGGAGAGAGGAAAGUGCUACUGCCAGUGGAGGACUCAAAGAAAUUGAUAGGGGAGAACGAGAUAUACUGCACGCACUGUCAGUGUAUAUGUACGUUCGCCUUUGUCAGUCCGGGCAAAUUCUCCAGCGUCACCGAAAUCACUGCACUUCAAGAGGACCAGGACGACCCGUUGCAGGAUAUCUUUUGUAUCGAGGACUCAAUUACUCUGUGUGUCGGAAAGGGGAGUGUAUACUUUGUCCAGGAUAUGGACGAAGUCAAUGCGUUGCUACGAAAUGUCGGUACCAAAUUGGACAAGUGUUGCUAA